AUGAGAAUACCAAUUCCCUCUCUUAAUUUGACGGAUACGGAAGUGCAAAGUUUUCGGGCAUUGAUUGAGCGGACUACGAUCCCUGAAUCUCGGCAUCGUGCUUCUUGA